GUGCCAGCAGCAGAGAUGCUCGAAAAGAGGAGCUUUUCCAGCACUUUUAUCAAGCACUUCAGAAAGCUUGGGAUCGAGAAGGGCCUUCAGACUGCAUUGUUGUUUCCAUCGACAAAGAACAGAGGGAAUAUGCAACAGCAAUAGGUCAUCGCUUGCGGGAUUGUGGUCUCGUGGUGGAAACAAUUCACCUUGCCUCUGAUCUGAUCCUCACUCGCACACUGCAGGAAGUUAAAGAUGAUGGUUUCCCCUUUUGUAUUCUCGUUGAAGAGUCUAACGUAAAACAUACUUCUUGCACCGUAAUCAUGCUUCAUGAGUCAAUCAAAAUACAUCGUCAUAUGCCCCUGGAGAAUGCACUGGUGCUAGUGACUAAGGAAUUUAGGAGAUUUUUCGAAAGACGAAGCACCGGAAUUUCUCAGAGGGCCAUGAAUCUGGUGGAUGACUUCAUGGCCCGUGAGGGCCUCUGCAGCUACUGCCUGCCUUCGUACGUUCGGCACCUUCUCUUCCUGUUAAGUGAGGGAAAGCAUUUGUAUGGAGAGGAGCUGAGCCUGAUCAUUGACUACUUGAAGACAAGAAAAGAGCAACUGGAAGGCCAAGAGAUACCAGAUCCUUCAGCCAACAGAGAUCCUGCCUCAUUUCAAGGCAGCAGCACUCCCAUCACGGACAAGCUGCCCCCACUACUUCCUACUCCAGGCACAGAGUCCUUUGUGGGUGCCCUUCCCUCAGGCCCAGCCACAUCCCUCGGGUUAGGGGACAGGCGAGGAGGAAGCCUCCUUCGGCUGCCAGGACUGGCUAACCCCAAAGGCCUGUUUCCUCCUCCCCUGCUUCCAGUAGGCCUCUCCAAGAGGUCUGUCUCUUUGGGGCACCCAACUGCCAUGGCCGCCAAACGCCCACUACGUGGAGAAAAGCCAGGCCCUUUGUUACCAUCACCGGGUGAGUAG